AUGUUGAGAGUCUUUGACCAGACUGAAGAAGUCUCGCAAAAGGUCGAGGCCCGACGCAGGGCCUCGCGCAAAAACUCGCCCACUUCAUCACAGGGGUCAAUUACCCCGGCAAGAUUAUCCCCUCCGCCGCUUUCCAUUGAUGAUCAUGCUAUGUCCCACCUUUUUACCUUCUGGGUUGGCUCUGGCCAAAGCCAAGGCAUAUUAUGGUAUGUGCCGGAAUUACUCUGCAAAGAGUCUUCUGUUGCACUGCAGGCUGCUUCCAGGGCGUUGGGACUGGCUAGCAUGUCAGGCAUGCAGGAGACGUCUAACUUAGGACGGUCGGCAGCAGAGUCAUAUGGUAUGGCACUCUGUGCUACCAAUGAUGCCCUUAGAGACCCUGCCUUGGCAACAACUGACUCCACCCUGACCGCUGUCAUGAUGCUGAGUACCUAUGAGGCUAUAAGCGGUGUUUUAUUCCGGUACUCAAAGCAUAAUUCGCAGAGGAUCUGGGAGCUAUCAGAACUUGCGGAAACAAAAGACAAUCAAGAUGCUGGACCCCGCGAAAGAUUCUAUCGAAUCAUUGUCCGCUUGAACGACUUAUCAAUAAAAGUCGACAGGGCCGAAAAAUCCGCUGAAAACCUCGGAUCCUUGUUGAGCGAAGCUCUCGUACUCGAGGCAGAACUUGAAGCAUGGUGCAUGUCUUUGGACGAUACCUGGAGCUAUGCUAUUGUGAAGAGAGCGCAUGCUUCGACUCACGAGCACUUUUGCUCUGCAACUGGUAGAAAGACAUAUCAUACGUACAACAGCCUCGCCAUAGCUGGGAUGUGGAAUUUCUACCGGCAAAUGCGAAUUAUUCUCAAUGAAAUGAUCCGAUCGAUUGCUGAUUAUCUUCUGGGUUUCCAAUGGACAUAUGAAGGUGAGCAGAUAGUGUUCCAAUCUAUUUCCGCCAUGGACCAGUUGGCGGAUGAUAUUUGUGCCAGCAUCGACUACUACUUCAUUUACGGAGCACCGGGAGUCGGAGGUGUGCUCCGCUUGCAAUUGCCGUUGUUCGUUGCGGCGCUUUGCACGGACAAAUAUUCGGAAAGAUACACUUGGAUAUUGCAAAUGUUGGACAUGCUUGCUACUCUCACUGGUUUCGAACAAACGAAUAGUUUAUCGCAGCGUCUCAGGAACAGCUCGAACCGCGGUAUUCUUCCAAGUAUAAUGAAUUGA